AUGGCUAGCAAGGCGGAGAAAAAACUAGCAGCGGACCUUCUGACGAGACGACGAGCGUGUGCCGAACGAGAUGUGGUGGAGAAGUUUGUAGCGGAUUUCACCUAUGAACGGGAUUGUUGCCAGGUUGCGGUACGUUUAGAGGCGCUCAACAAGUGCAACGAACUCUUCUUGAACGUGCAGAGCGACAUCGAGAUGGGUGACAGCGAAGAACGGUUUGAAACACACCUGGAAUUCCGUGCUGAUUUUGAGGAUCGAUUCUGCAGGGCGAAGGGUUUUUUGCUGUCCAAACUGGAGAGUAGGGAGCAUCCGUUGAGUUCGACGAUCAUCCACGCAUCGGCUUCUCACAGCAUGUCUUCCAGCUUUCAUCAUCGUCUGCCAAAAAUCGAUUUGCCGAAGUUUAGUGGAGAUGAAUCACGCUGGAUCUCGUUCCGUGACAACUUUCUCUCGAUGAUUCACUGCAACGAGGAUAUACCAAUCGUCAACAAGCUGCAGUAUCUUUUGCAGUCGCUGGAAGGAGAGGCAAGAAACCCGUUCGAGUCUGUGGAUAUCCAAGCCGAUAACUAUGCGUCGACGUGGGAAGCAUUGAAAAAGCGCUACGACAACAAGCGAUUCCUCAGAAAGGAGCUGUUCCGAGGCCUGUACAACCUUCCACCGAUCCAGCAUGAGUCAGCACAGGACCUCAACACACUGGUUGAUGAUUUCCAGCGACACGUCAAGGCACUGGGGAAGUUAGGUGAACCGAUAGAUCAUUGGGACACUCCGCUCAUCUUCAUCCUGACGAAUAAAUUGGAUUCGGCGACGAUUCGUGCAUGGGAGCAAGAUACUCGACAGAAGGACGAAGUGAAAUACGAAGAGCUCAUCGAGUUUCUCAUCCACCAGGUCCGGAUGUUGAAAUCCGUGGACAGCGAUCUCCAACAUCGUUCCUCAGUGCCCUCCGUUUCCAAGGUGGCCGGACAAAUCCCGAAGAAACCAGUUCCCAUCCGAUCUGUCGUGAACACAGCUACUUCCGAAACUCAAUCCAUCACUUCGCCAUGCCACUGUUGCCUGAGACAACAUCCAUUGCACCAAUGUCCAGCAUUUCAGCACCUGUCAAGCUCCCAACGGCGAGAGCUUGUGACACAGCACAGCCUUUGCUGGAAUUGCUUCCGCGCGGACCACCAGGCAAGAUCCUGUAAAUCAAAGUUCCUGUGUAGGAUUUGCCAAGCGAAGCACCAUACUAUGUUGCACGACCAAGCAGCACCACCGAACGAGUCCUCAUCCGAGAGAUCACAAGCCACACAAGCGAAUUCAGGCCCCAAUAGAUCGCUAAGCUCACCAACAGUAAAUCUUUCCGUGAAUUCUAAUUCAACCGUUCUUUUGGAGACAGUCUCGCUGUUAGUAGUCGACCGAUACGGCAGAAAGAUUCAAGCACGAGCUCUACUAGAUUCUGCAGCAAUGUCAAAUUUCAUAACCAGGAAGCUGGCGAACGAGCUCGCCACCCGUCAAAGCCCCGUGGACAUCGCAGUUGCUGGAAUUGGAGAGUCAGUCAAGCGUAUCAAGCACAAGUUAGCUGCCAAGAUAAUAUCCAAGAACAGCGACUUCUCCACCACACUCGAUUUCCUCGUCAUGAAGAAACCAACAUCAUAUCUCCCCACAUCCCCGAUCGAUUCAACUGCCUGGAGAAUGCCGAAGGUUCCAUUGGCGGAUCCUCAGUUCAACGUUCCAGCAACAAUCGACAUGAUCAUCGGUGGAGAAUGUUACCAUGAGUUUCACACAGGCGUACGCCACUCCCUUGGUAACGGUUUCCCGUUUUUGGUGGACACCCUCUUUGGCUGGGCAGUUUCUGGCAAAGUGGAUUCCAGCUCCACCACCGCACCGCGAGCGUGCUUCCUCUCCACCGUUGAUCAAACCCGAGAAACGAUCCCUGGGGAGUUCCGGCCAAUGGACACCACCGAUGGGAGCCAAAGGAUGGACGUUGAACCCUCCACCACUCAAAUCCACGAUGAAGGAUACGUCGCCUGCCAUUCCCGGUCUAAUGAUCCACAAACCACCCUUGGAGAUAACGAAACGAAUGCCACACAUCGAAACUCCACCAAAUAUACACACCACAGCGAUUCUGUUCAACACUACAAACCACACUGCUAUCUGCCACAUCACCCGGUGCUCAAGGAUGCCAGCAAAACCACCAAUGAAUGCGUGGUAUUCAACGCAUCCUGUGAGCCCAAUUCAGGGUACGCGCUCAAGGAUACGCUGCUUGUCGGUUGCGUCGUUCAACAUAAUCCGCUGUCCGCCACUCUUCUAAGUGCCGCCAAAGGCAACGACGGUACCUGUUUGGAGUUAGGUGCACCUCUCCUACCAACGGAAUCGUUCCAGAAAACCCAACGGUCAAAGCCGCCACCGCAUCGUUGGCGAACUGUCACUGCCAAACGCGCAUCGGUUGUCCAGAUUGGUAUAGGUGGGCAUAAUGUGGCCAGCAACCUGCCCAGCAUGUUCCAUUUCCUCGAUAAGCGUCAGUGCUGCUACGACCCUACACGUCAAUUCUCGUCCAUGGAAAACAAGCCCUGCUCCGCCACCUUGCGGCCACUAAGUCGCCUUGCACAGCUUCAUCCAGGUCGAGAUAGAGUCGUUCCUUUUUUAGGACUAGAGACAGCCCAGCGAGAUGGUUGUCAAAACCACCGACGACCAGAAAAGGCUACAAAGACCGAUCUCCCGUUGUCGUACAUCGUAGCAGAAUCUCAUCGUCCACCUCCUAUAACGACCAAAUCCAUCUACAGCGACAGCAGAGUCUCCAAAGAUCGGUAG